AUGACCACCGUAAUCAUUGGCGGCGGCAUCAUCGGGCACUCAACAGCUUACUACCUCUCUCUCGCUUCCAAAACACACCGACACCAAAUCCACAUCAUCGACCCAGCCGCCGACCUCUUCGACUGCGCUUCAGGCUAUGCCGCUGGCUUCAUCGUCCGCGACUGGUACUCCCCUGAGCUAGCUGCGCUCGGCAACCUGUCCUUCGAGCUGCAUGAGCAGCUCUCGAGAGAGCAUAGCGGCUACGAGAAAUGGGGAUAUAUGCGCGGCACCGCGGUGGGGUUGCAAGUGCAGUAUGAGGACGGGCAGAGGUCGGGGAGCGGGCAUGAUUGGCUGAGGCAAGGGGCGAGCCGGGCGGAGGUAGCGAUGAGGGCGGAUGAGAAGAGAGCAGGCGAGCCGGAUGAGGCACCGGAGUGGCUGACCAGGCAGGAGGGCGGGAGGACGGAGAGGAUAAGUGACGUUGGGGGUACAGCACAAGUAGAUCCACUUCGACUGUGUCAAUUCCUCCUGGCGAAGUGCAUCGAGCGCGGCGUUCAGGUCCACAACCCCGCUCGGGCGAUCGCGCUCAUCAGGAACUCCUCAUCUGGCGCCAUCACAGGUAUAACACUCCAAAACCGGCUGACAAACACCCGCUCGACAAUCCCCUGUACAAACCUCAUUUUUACCGCUGGCGCGUGGACGCCACAUGCCUUCAACGCCCUCUUCCCCACAUCCCCCACUCGCAUCCCUGUCACUUCUCUGUCGGGAUACUCCAUCCUCGUCCGCUCCCCGCGUCACACCAUCGCGCACGAAAGAGGCACAUAUGCCGGAACAGCACACGCUGUUUUCACAACCCACCCGCGCUCCUGCGGCUUUAGCCCUGAGAUCUUCUCGCGUGCGGGUGGCGAGAUAUACCUCGCCGGUCUGAAUAGCGCGGAAAUGCCCCUCCCGGCACUCGCGAGUGAGGCGCGUGGCAUGAUGGAGGCGGGGGACGUAGCACGGGUUCGUAAGGCAGCGGUGACGCUGAUAGGGAAGCUUGACCAGGAUGCGAAGGCUAGAUAUGCCGAGGGGGAUGUAAAUAUGGAUGAUUUAGAGGUACUUCGGGAGGCACUCUGUUUCCGGCCGUGGACGGAGAGUGGGAGACCGAUUGUGACGCGUGUGGGGGAUUGGGUUUUGGGAUCAGGGGUUGUGUCCCCUCCUGGUGGUGGCGUCUUCAUGGCGGCGGGACACGGCCCGUGGGGUAUUUCGUUGUCAUUGGGGACAGGGAAGGUGAUGGCGGAGAUGGUUAUGGGGGUCAAGACGAGUGCGGAUGUGAGUGGGCUAGGUCUGGAGGAAGGGAUGGGAACGACUAAGGCUAAGAUAUAG